AUGACAGGAGUCCGUAACCGGGAGCGGAUCAAUGGUAUCCCCCAGGGGGAGUUCAAGGGAUGGUCACACAUAGUAAACAUUGUUCAGCUUCCCUCUGGAGAAAAAUAUCACCUAGACGCUGCAUUUGGUGGAGAUGGACCAAUGCGACCACUGCAAUUGGUCUCAGGGUACACAAUUCAGAACCUCGGUACGCAAGAGGUGCGGUUGAUAUAUGGAAACAUGCCGAAACAGUCGCGCCCCGAACAGAAGCUCUGGAUCUACCAGUAUCGCAACGGACCAACAUACGAGUGGAAUUCCUUCUACAGCUUUGGAGAGCUGGAAUUUUUUCAAGACGAUUUCGAAGUGAUCAACCGGUUUACAAGCUGGGAUACCCUGCACAAAGGUAACACUUGGGUUGUGAAGUUCAUACGGUAUGGGGAGACGGAGGGCCUUCCCCUGCUAGAUGGUGAGGGUACGGAGGGACUGACAGAGGGGAUUUCUAUUGUUGGCAAAAUCAUGUUCGUCAACAAUGUCGUCAAACUGAAUAUGGGAGGGAAGACCCGAGUGAUAGACUCGUUUCAAAGCGAGGAUGAGAAGCUUUGUGCGUUAAAGAAGUGGUUUUCGAUUACCAUUGAAUAG